GCUGGAAGUUGCGUUCUCUGGUUGGUGUUGGAGUGGGUGCCAGGAGUUGCAAUGCCGAGCAAGCAAGACUGGGAGACAUUGGAGGCUCUGAGGAACUCUAGUAAAGGGAGGCUGCAGUAUAAUAGAGAAUGGAGCUCGGAGGGUAUCAAUGAGUCUACUGUGGUGUUAUCGGAGUACGCCGCCUGGAUUCUGGAUAAUGUCAUCAACCGCACAGAACCGGACAGCUCUCCUGUCGAAAGGCUGCCAUCGCAGGAUGACUCCGUACCCGCCGCACACACAGAGCCGGGUAACCAGCGCUCCGAGGUGCCACGUACAGAAGCAGAAUCGUUGUCAAAACUGCAGAUGGAUAAACUGAUGGAGGUUGAAGGCAGCAUAUUGUUGUUUGAGAAGGCCCACAAGAUGAAAGUGAAGGAACAUUUGCAGGCUCGCGUUGACAUGUGUGAUCAGUUCAGCAAAUCCAUGGCUGAGAAGUCUGCAGAGCAGCUCAAGCGAUUUGAGGAGAUGAUGGAAUUGAAGCAAAGACAAGAGAAGCAUCAGCUGCUCGAGCUACUGGAAAAGGGAUCUAAAGAGGCCCUGGGACAGCAAGAAAAGCUAAAGGAGGAACAUCGUCAUAGAGCAAAGCUCUUGACUUUGAAACUUCGUGAAGCCGAACAGCAGCGCCAACAGGAGAUAGAGCGCAUCCGACAAGAAGAAGGACGCGAGAGGAUGCGCCGCCUGUGCUCUCUGCAACAAGAAGUGCUGCAGCUCGUCCAGAAGAUUCAAGUGGAUUACAAACAACAGGAAGCAUUGCGCGUGGACCUCUCUUCAUAUGGCCACCGGGGGAACCAGAUAUGCGGCAUGCUGUCCUCUGUAAUUCGCUCUAGCAGUGAGAGAGGUUACCCUACUCAGGACGAUGUGAACCUCGGUGAGCGCUCCCUUCAGGAGAUGCAGAUGUUGGCCAGCACCAUAGUGAAAGAGUUGGCGGCGGCAGAGCAGCGGAAGAAGGCGGAGGAAGAAGUUGUGAAAGAGAAGCAGAAAGAGGCCCAACUACAGGCGCAACAACAACAGCAGCAGCAACAGGCGACACCACAGACCCCGGCUCCAGCGCAGGACUCAAAGCAGGGAGGACUUCCGAAAAAGGUUUCAAAUAGCACAUUGCAGAGAUAUCUGGAGCUACAGACAGGCUUAGAGCAGUGUCACACAGCCUGCGAAGAUCUCGCCACGUGCAAAGAUCCUCAGACAAAGAAGAUCAGGGCCAAUCUUCAGAGGGCAGUUACCAUCCCAGUCAGCCAGAUAUCCAGUGUAUCAGGAUCUCAAGUGAGGGACACGUUUGAGAAGAUCAAUAAUUUCCUGAUGGGAAAACCUGUUGUCUUUGCCGGGCAGAAAAUCCUUGUAUCUCAACAUCCCCUGGGCCAGGACUUUGUAUGUUUAAAGCUGGCGGAGAAGUUAGUGAAUCAAGGGGAGGAGGAAGUUGCUUCUCAUCACGAAUCUGCCUUUCCUAUUGCAUAUGUGGCCUCUGCUUUAUGGGAACGGUAUCCCAAAGUGGGCGAACUCUUCCUUGCCAACCUGCACAAGAAAUGCCCUUACACUGUGCCAUUGUAUCCGCCCUUUAAGAAAGGGACUUCCCUAAUGGAUUAUCAGAGGUUGAUGGGAUACCAAGUGAAGGAUUCUAUAGUGGAACAGCAGGAUAGCUUCCUGAAGCGUAUGUCGGGAAUGGUCCGCCUGUACGCUGCCGUUAUGCAAGUUCGCUGGCCUUACGGGACAAGUCAAGGGAACCACCCACAUGGAUUAAAUAAUGGUUGGCAUUGGUUUGCACAGAUGCUGAACAUGGAGCCACUGUCUGAUAUAACGGCCACCUUACUGUUUGAUUUCCUGGAGGUGUGUGGCAACGCCAUGAUCAAGCAAUACCGGGAUCAGUUCUGGAAACUCCUAAUAUUAAUCAAAGACCAUUAUUUUCCAAAGAUUGGGAAGAUAACCACUGGUACAGAAAUGGGGUCAGCGUCUCGACUCAAACACUUCCUAGAGGAAGCAGUACGUCGGAAGGAUAUCCCAUUACCCAAAGGAUACUUGCAGCCUUCGUUCUGGAGGACCUGAUCAUGUAGCCCUGAGCAGUUUUAUAUCAAUCUUUAUUAGACUUUUAAGAUUUGUUUUAUUACUGUG